AUGGUCGCGGCACACCGGCCGGGACCGGCAGGGGACCGCACGCACCCGCACGUGCUGGUCGCGGCCAUGGCGCGCCUGCUGGCCGCCGCCUUCGGGACCGUACGCGCGUUCCCCGACCUGGGCCCCCGGGCCGAGCAGCCCAAGCCGAGCGGCGACGCCGUCGGCAACGUGCUGCUCGUGGCCAGCAGCGCGGCUGGCGCGGAGCCCGCGUGGGAGGUCCCGAGCACGGGGUACUACGAGAGCCCCCGCGAGGAGUCCCACGACUGGUACAUCAAGCACUUCGCCGGGUGGGAGCUGUUCCGAAUGGACGCCCUGCAGGCGGCGCACGUGGAGCCGCCAGACGAG